GGCUGUACUGUGAUCUUCCAAGUAGACAGUUCGAUAUCGCGAAUUUCUGCGAUAUCGCAAACAUCAAGAUGGCUGGCACCAUUGUACGUUGUUUUCAGCUCCCAAGGAGACAAUUGGGUUUCCUUGGGUCACCGUUGAGUAGCCAGCAGCAAAGAACAUUUGCCGAUGCCGCGCCCGAAGGGAAGAAAAAGGGUGGCCCCCUGGCUGACCAGGAUCGUAUCUUCACAAAUUUGUAUGGUAGACAUGAUUGGAGAUUACAGGGUGCUCUGAAAAGGGGAGAUUGGUAUAAGACCAAGGAGAUUAUAGAAAAAGGUGCAGACUGGAUCAUUAAUGAGAUUAAGGUAUCUGGUCUGAGAGGCCGUGGAGGUGCAGGUUUCCCAUCUGGCAUGAAAUGGUCCUUUAUGAACAAGCCCUCUGAUGGAAGACCAAAAUACCUGGUAGUUAACGGUGAUGAGGGUGAGCCUGGCACCUGCAAAGAUCGUGAAAUUCUACGCCACGAUCCUCACAAGCUAGUAGAAGGUUGCUUAAUUGCUGGCCGUGCUAUGGGAGCUUGUGCAGCUUACAUUUAUAUUCGUGGUGAAUUUUAUAACGAAGCGUCAAAUAUGCAAGUCGCCAUUGCAGAAGCUUAUCAGGCAGGCCUGAUUGGCAAGAAUGCUUGUGGCUCUGGCUAUGAUUUUGACAUCUUUGUGCAAAGAGGAGCAGGAGCGUACAUUUGUGGAGAAGAAACUGCCCUCAUUGAGUCCAUCGAAGGAAAACAGGGAAAGCCUAGGCUAAAGCCACCUUUUCCAGCCGAUGUUGGAUUAUUUGGGUGCCCUACCACUGUCACAAAUGUCGAAACCGUCGCUGUUGCCCCUACUAUAUGCCGACGAGGCGGAGCGUGGUUUGCGUCAUUCGGUCGUCCACGCAAUCACGGAACUAAAUUAUUUAACAUCUCGGGACACGUGAACAAUCCAUGCACUGUGGAAGAAGAAAUGUCCAUUCCUCUGAAGGAACUCAUUGAAAGGCAUGCUGGUGGAGUAAUCGGUGGAUGGGAUAAUCUGUUAGGUGUGAUUCCAGGUGGAUCUUCCACUCCGGUCAUUCCCAAAAGCGUAUGCGAUACAGUGUUAUUAGACUUCGAUGAUCUCGUUAGAGUACAGAGCUCAUUUGGUACCGCAGCUGUGAUCGUGAUGAACAAACAGACUGAUAUUAUUAAAGCUAUUACGCGUCUUAUCAGUUUUUAUAAGCACGAAUCUUGCGGUCAGUGCACUCCGUGCCGUGAAGGAAUAAGUUGGAUGUAUAAAAUCAUGAGAAGGUUCGCCCAAGGACAAGCGGAAAUACAUGAGAUAGAUAUGCUAUGGGAGUUGACCAAGCAGAUUGAAAUGCAUACUAUUUGCGCUUUGGCAGAUGGUGCAGCGUGGCCAGUUCAGGGACUGAUCAGACAUUUCAGACCGGAAAUAGAAGCACGUAUUAAAGAACGCAAGCAAGCAGUGUCCAAUUAAAAUAAAGGUAGAGAAACUAGAAAUCAGUGAACGUUUUAGUAUUUAUCCAUCGCGAAAUAGUCGAUUGUAAGAAGUGCGAAUAUAUAUAUAUCUGUAAAAUAUUGUACUUAUUUACAGUAUAUAUAAGUCGAACAAUGCAAAAUGCGAUGUUGUUGAAUUUCCUAUAUAAUUUUGCCGAUGUAAAUCAUUUUCAACUUUCGAUAAUCUAGUAAAUAAAAUAGAUAGAAUGUAA